AUGCGCCUUCGGUCGCUCGAGCUCCUCGCAGCUGCUGCGAUCAUUCUGCGUACCCCGAGCUACUCGGAAGUCGCCGGUGCCAAGAUGGCACAAGUCGACCGCUUGACACCUGGUCCUUCUCACGUCGGUGACCACAACGCCGUCCACGACCAUCGGCUGCCGCAAGCAAACAACAUCGCGGAAGGCGAAGAGAGGGCGCCGUUACCAAGUGAGCUUCCCUCGUCGCUCAAAGCGCUCGCAGGUGAGGCAGGGUGGCUAACGUUGGGGAUGUCGCCCGCCAUUGCCGACGGAGCGCCAGCUAGAAAAGCGCUAGCACGAUUAAACCCAUUCGGUGGCUCCCCUUCGUUGAGCUAUGCUCAAUGGCUAAAAAACCAGCAUGAAAAGGUAACAAUGGGGCUUAGAGAACGACCGGAUGGCCUACGCGACAUGGUGAAUCCGAUUCGGUUUUCUGGGACAAAGCAGGCGAGUGGAUCACCGAAGAUGCUGGCGGCGUCUAGCAUGCAAGAUCCUGCAAUGGGAAGAAUUGUUGAGCCCAUCAAGCACGCUCUAGAGAAUCCUGUGAUGUUCCACACUUCGACAUUGACCUCCAUGGCAAGUCUCGUCAAACAAUGGAACGCAGAUUAUUCGAAAAGUUACACGCUGCUGGACGUGUUAGUGCGUAUCUAUGGUGACGAAGCCACUCUUGCGCGUGCUUUGUCGAAACUUAAGACGGAUGAGAGCAGCAAAAUUGGAGCAACAACGUUAGAGUCUGAGAUGCUCACGAGACGGAUAAACAAGGGUCGACCGAUUGGUGCUGCUGGCUUUCUGAAACCCAACGGUAUGAGAAUGGGAGACAUGAACAGCAAGAACCUGAACGCGCACGACGAACAUCUUGCACUGCAUCAUGAGAAUUCUAAGAACGACAAGAAGUAUCAGCGCAAGGCGGGUCCGAUGGGCCGCCUACACAAGAAACACAUGCACGACACUGGACCGGUAGGGGGGACUGUGGACAAAGGUGGAAAGGCAAUAAUUGGCGCAGGUAUGCCCGGUACCCGUAUCAGAGAAUUGAUCCGCCUUGAAAUUACUGAACCUUCUGAACAGGUCGAGAAGCUUUUGGGCCAGUAUGGUAGUGAGGCCGAGCUUGCGAAAGCUAUAUCGGGGUCUUUGACAAUACUAGGAGAAAACCCGACCAGGAAGAGGCUGGUUGAAGUGCAGAAAGCGCUAGUGGAACACUUGCUGCGGAAAGUGCAGAACGAGCCUGGGAAAGGCGCGCUGGAGAAUGGAAAAGACAUGGACGUUGUCUAUGACUUGCUGCGACUUUCCCAAUACGCCAAAAGGGGUUUCACAAACGUGGCGACGGACACAUUUCGUGCAUACGGUAAUUUACGGAAUCGUCACUUUCCUACCAAGAUUGAUGUCGAGUCUUACUUAAGUCAAAAGACGUCAGAGGCGGUAGAGUCUGACUUACGUGAAAAUAUAUUGGGGGCGGUGGAGUCUUGCUUGCGUCAAAUGACGCCGGAGGCGAACAGCAAUUCAGCGUCGAAGCGUCGAAGGACCAAAUGA